AUGGCGACCACCUCCACCAACGGCGCCUCCACCAACGGCACCUCCUCCCUCAAAAUCACCAAGCGGCCCUGGAACGCCCGCGGCCACGCCGACCACGGCUGGCUCUACACCUACCACACCUUCUCCUUCGCCUCGUACCACGACCCGCGCUACUCGUCCUACGGCCCCCUUCGCGUCAUCAACGAAGACCGGGUCGAGCGCGGCACGGGCUUCGGGACGCACGCGCACGCCGAGUUCCUCAUCUGGUCGUACGUCGUCUCGGGCGAGCUCGAGCACAAGGACAGCAUGGGCAACCUCGAGAAGCUGAGGCGCGGGGAGGUGCAGUUCACGAGCGCGGGCACGGGGAUCAGGCAUUCGGAGUACAAUCGCAACACGGAGGAGGAUGUGCAUUUUCUGCAGAUUUGGGCCAAGCCGCAUACGAGGGGCUUGAAGCCGAGCUAUUGCACCAGGAAGUUUGGGGACGAGGAGAAGAAGGACAAGCUGGUCAGAAUUAUGGAGGCUGUCGAGAGGCAUUCGGGAGAGGAGGGGGAGAGUGUCCCGAUUGCGCUGCAUGCGGAUUUGAGUAUGGAUGCUAGUAUUCUAAGUCCGGGGAAGAAAGUUGAGCAUGAGCUGGUGCAGGAUGGCCGGAGGAACGUCUACCUGCAUGUUGUUAUGGGCGGCAAGACACAGCCAAAGGAAGGCGGAGCGAAGAUCAGGGUGGGAGAUGUGGAACUGGGAGAGGGCGACGGUGCGUUUGUCGACGGCGCAACCGGCCCCGGGAAGAUUGUGGUGGAGAGUGUUGGGGAUAAGCCGGCUGAGUUUCUGCUGUUUGAUCUGGGCAUGUAA